UCCAAAUGACAGAUGAGUGGUGUUGCAAAGAUAAGACCAUAGAAGCCAGAAAAUGGGCAAGAUUUUACCUUCUCAAGGCGAAUGCGGCUUCAGGGAGCCAUCUUUGUGGUUCUUCCCCACCUGGGGCCCAUCCUGGUCUGCCUGUUCACUCACAAUCAGAUGUCUGGUUGGUGUGAGGGCUCAAGGAUGCUCUCCUGGUGCCCACCCCACAAAGUCUUUUUGCUUGUGUGGACAGCCAUCUACUCUGUCAUGGGCUAUGCCUCCUACCUGGUGUGGAAGGACCUGGGGGGAGGCUUCGGGCGGCCCCUGGCCCUGCCUCUUGGCCUUUAUGCUGCACAGCUCGCCAUCAGCUGGACUGUCCUGGUUCUGUUUUUCACAGCCCACAGCCCUGGUCUGGCCCUGCUGCACCUGCUGCUGCUGUACGGGCUGGUAGUGACCACGGCAUUGAUCUGGCACCCCAUCAACAAGCUGGCCUCCCUGCUACUGCUGCCCUACCUGGCCUGGCUCACCGUGACUGCUGCCAUUACCUACCGCCUAUGGAGGAACAGCCUUUGUCCAGUGCACCAGCCUCAGCCCACAGAGGAGAAGAUCCACUGAGGCCUUAGAGCUCAGGAGAGGAGGGGGGACAACCAGGGUGGGGAGGAAGAGUCUACAAGCAGAUCUAUGGAGCUGGGG